AUGUUGCCGUUAUCAUUGUUAUCAAUUCUCCUAUUUUUCAUCUCUUUCCUUCACGUUCAUGGAAAUUUCGAAGAUGCUCGGUGUCGUUGUGUUUGUCCAUCCACCAAAUAUUUUGCAUCGGAAAAUAGUACAGUGAGUGAGGAGAGAAGAUAUUAUACAAAAUCGAAUAUUAAUGCUCUCACAUGCAAACCACAAACAGUGGUGAAACCAAACGUUUUGGAUAUAGUGGAUGCUGCACAUUUGGAUGCAUUUUUAGCGAACUGUGACUGCAAGCAUGAAUCGAGAAAUACAGUUUUGUUGAAAGUUGUUGUAAUAUUCGUUAUUUGCGUAGUCUUCGUUCUGGUUACAUAUAUGCUUUUCUUGAUGUGUUUGGAUCCCAUGCUACGCAAACAGCGGCAUUCAGUACCAUAUAGACAGCAAAACGAUGAAAUGGAAGACAAUAUUUUUGCCCGUACAGUACCAGCGAAUGAGCGGUUUUCAGAUGUUUCACCUUCAAUUACAAUGCGAUCUCGGAAUAUUGCAGAUAAUGUUUUGGGACGAGUUGAAGCCGAACAAAAUCGUUGGAUGCGAAAAGUUGAAGAACAACGACGGAAUAUUUUCACGGAUCAUACAAUGCUUAAUUAG